CUACAGCUCCUAAUACAACAACUACAGUUACUACUACAACAACUACAGCUCCUACAACAACAACUACUGCUCCUACAGCUCCUACUACAACAACUACUGCUCCUACAACGACAACUACUACAACAACUACAGCUCCUGCCACAACAACUACAGCUCCUACUACACCAACUACUGCUCCUACAACGACAACUACUACGACAACUACUACAACGGCUCCUACUAGAACAACUACAGCUCCUACUACAACAACUACUGCUCCUACUACAACAACUACAGCUCCUACUACAACAACUACAGCUCCUACUACAACAACUACAGCUCCUACAACGACAACUACUACAACAACUACUGCUCCUAAUACAACAACUACUGCUCCUACGACAACAACUACAGCUCCUAAUACAACAACUACAACUCAUACUACAACAACUACUGCUCCUACAAAGUCAACCACAGCUCCGACUACAACAACUACAGCUCCUACUACAACAACUACAACUCCUAGUACAACAACUACUGUUCCUACUACAACAACUACAGCUCCUACUACAACAACUACAGCUCCUACCACAACAACUACAGCUCCUACCAGAACAACUACAGCUCCUAAUACAACAACUACAGCUCAUACUACAACAAAUACAUCUCCUAAUACAACAACUACAGCUCAUACUACAACAAAUACAUCUCCUAAUACAACAACUACAGCUCCUAAGACUACAACUACUGUUCAUACUACAACAAACACAGCUCCUAAUAAAACAACUAUAGCGUCUACUACAACAACUACAGCUCCUAAUACAACAACUACUGCUACUACUACAACAACUACAGCUCCUGCUAAGGCAACCACAGCUCCUACUACUACAACCACAGCUCCUGCUACAACAACUACAGCUCCUAAUACAACAACUACUGCUCCUAUUACAACAACUACAGACCCUAAUACAACAACAACUACAGAUCAUAUUACAACAACUACAGCUCCUGCUAAGGCAACCACAGCUCCUACUACUACAACUACAGAUCCUACUACAACAUCUACAGCUCAUACUACAACAACUACUGCUCCGAAUACAACAACAACGGCUCUUACUAUAACAGCUGCUGCUCCUACCACAACUACUACUGCUCUACAACAUCAAAUCGUGAUCCUUCACCAAACAGCUUUGAACAGCACAACUAUGCUUCCUACUGCUACAUCUGCUACUCCUAGUCCUACUCCUAUGACUCCUAAUACGUCAACAACUCAAACUACUACUACUACUGCUCCAAUUCCUCUUAGACUUACGAGUUUGAGAGAAAGAAAUCGCUACUCUGAACCUAAGGGCUGCGAUGCUACAGAUGACCCCAGGAACUGCACUUACAUCUCUGUCACAACCAGCCCACCUUACAUAGUGGAGAUUAGUGCACCUGCAGAGACACUUCAGGGAUACCUGGGGAUCAUCAGUGAAAUACUAACUAAUCAAAUCAAGUCCAAUGAGUCAAUGAUUGUUGUGUACGAAAGUGGAACAUUUACAGUUCAAAAGGCCUUGUACAAUGGAGCCACAUUUAUCAACAAAACACAAGUGGAAGUGACGUACAAAGAACUUGCUUAUGAUCCUGAUAUAAAAAUAAUCCAAUUUAGUUUCAUGAUCCCUGAUAAUUUGGCUCCACUUUUGCUCAAAACCUUGACCCUAACGCCCAGACGUGUAAUAGAUACUGGUCUUCAAAAAGUGUUCUUUGUCCGGGGAUCUGUUGGGGAUAAUGGUGAUCUUGGCUCUUCCUCCAUCACACUUUUGACAGGCCUCUCCAGUCAGGUUUCCUCAAGCUGUAGGAAACCCGUUUUUCACGGCCUGUUGAUGACGUUGGUCUGUUGGAACCUCUUCAACCUUCUGCACUAAACCUGCUGAGCUACCAAAGGAGGACUUUACAGCCAAGUUCAACAUUUUAUUGAUUUGGCCAUUUUUGUUCAAUAACACUGGAUUUUGUUAUAUACUGUAGUCGUGCAUAUUUAUUCAUAUAUAUGUAUGUAUCUUUUCUCUUG